CAUUAUUAAUAAUUAUGGCAGAAGAGGGUAACAGAGAACAUGUUGCAUUAGAUGUCCAUUUAAUACCGAGGUACAGAACAAUGGUUUUAGAUGACUCUUUCAUCUCUACAAAUACUUGCAUCUUCAGGGUUCCUGACAGAAUCAAGAUGCAAAAUGCAUGGGCUUAUGAGCCCUAUGUCUUUUCACUUGGUCCCUGGCACUUUGGCAAGCAACAUCUCAUGGAUGCACAAAAGUUCAAAAUCUACUUUUUUCAAGGACUUGUUCAUCGUUUCCCAAAUCCAAAUUCAAAGGUUGAAGAGCUAGAACAAGUUAUCAAGGAUGUUCAAAGCCGCGCUUGUGAAUGUUAUGGGGAUUGGGCUGCCAUCAAUGUCCCCAAAGAAGAAUUUGAGAAAAUUCUGAUGCUGGAUGGCUGCUUUAUCAUCGAGUUGCUUCGGAAGUCAGCUGCUGAGGUACCUAUGCAGGAAGGAGAUUCGACACUUUUCUCUUCAAAUGGCAUGGUUACAGCUGUUUAUCAUGACUUGCUUUUGCUAGAAAACCAAAUACCUUGGUUUGUGCUUGAACUCUUGUAUGACCGGACCAGUGGCAAUGGAAGCAAGCCUUUGGCUGACAUUGCUAUGGAAUUCUUCAUCAAGUUUGCAUUUUCACAUAAUAAAUUGCAGACACAUCCUGAGAUACGAUCCAGCAUUGAGAUCAAACAUAUCCUUGAUCUAGCAAGGCAUUACUUGGGUUUGUCAUCAGAAGUGGGAAGUAGUGUCUUCCAAUUGUAUAAGCAUACAAUUCCUUCUGCCACUAGACUCAAAGAAGCAGGGAUACCCCCAUAAAGUAAUGUGCGAUGGACAUCAGCCACCAUGCUGUCAAUCAUAUGGCAUCAUUAGAAACCACAAAAGCCUUACAGAAAGACCUGAAGUCAUGUUGCAACCAGAACAUAUAAAUUUAAUAGAGAUAAGCACAUGUU